GUCGUCUCCAUAUAAAUGGGGCGCAACUGCCGGACCCUAUGAGCUUAGACAGCUUCCCGCCGACAAGUGAGAGCCGAGACGAAGAGAGGCAGUGAAGAUGCAGAUCUUCGUGAAAACCCUAACCGGGAAGACCAUAACCCUCGAGGUCGAGUCGAGCGAUACUAUUGACAAUGUCAAGGCGAAGAUUCAGGACAAGGAAGGCAUUCCGCCGGACCAGCAGAGGCUGAUCUUCGCCGGGAAGCAGCUGGAGGAUGGCCGUACUCUCGCUGACUACAACAUUCAGAAAGAGUCGACCCUGCACUUGGUCCUCAGGCUCCGUGGUGGCAUUAUCGAGCCCUCAUUGAUGGCUCUGGCCAGAAAAUACAACCAGGACAAGAUGAUCUGCCGCAAGUGCUAUGCUCGCUUGCACCCUCGUGCUGUGAACUGCAGGAAGAAGAAAUGUGGACACAGCAAUCAGCUGAGGCCAAAGAAGAAGAUCAAGUAAGCUGCUUAUGUUGAAGAGCUGGUGCAUCUGGUUAUAUUGUUUGACUGUUUCGUGCACGGAGAACUCAACUAGAAAUCUACUAGGAAUACCAACUCUCAGAGCUUCUACUGAUUUGUGGGUUCUUCCUUUUGGUUGUUUAUGAGACUGAGCACUUUGGAAGUUCAAAAUUUUCUACUAGUUCCGACAUUUUUUUGCAAUAUGAUCAACUCUUAUCUCUUCUGUUUGUA